UGGAAAAGCACACACACACACAGUCGGCCAAUUCUGCCUGCGGGUUUGAGUCAUGUGCUCCUGCUGGUCAGCUGAUGUCUGCAUCACAUGAUGCUCUAUUCCAGUUUAUGUUAUAAAUCAACGCUGCUCGUCCUAACUGUUUGUUGCUGUCACUCACUGAGCUUUUACUUUACGGUAUUCAAUUUCUUUCACCGCUGUUUCUAUUUCUGAAGAGAUCUUGAAGCAUAUCGGCGUCAAGUGAUAUAGAAACCGUGACCGACCCGGAAUCACCACCGCGAAACUGAAAGGUACUUUUGAGUUGCAGGUGCGACAGUGUAUGUCUUGAACGUAGUAGUUUGUCAUUCUUCACACGCACAGCAAUAGCAGCAGUUCACUGAGCCAGGACUCACUGAUGUCUCAUUUAAAUGUCUGUACAUAGUCUGUAAUUGCAAAUAGUACAACAAAGAGUUCUCCUGUGGACCAGUAUGAGAGACAUGAGUCUCUAGAGUGCUGUUGUGCAAGGAACGUGACAAGGCGCACCUGUCUGUGUUUUGGAACUAGUAUGGUGCAUUCAACAGUUCUUGUGCUUGUUUAUAGUGCAUACUGUGUUACAGUUUGUUGUAAAUAUUGAGUCAAGGUGAGGCCGUCAAAACUAUCUGAACAACGGUGUGAACAGUGAAAUUAUGUACAUAUAACACGGCACCUCACUAGCAAACCUCGACAAUAUUGCAAGCAAUCAAAACCUCCGGCUACCAGAUAAUUACGAGUCGCUAUUUGGGGAAAAUGUCCGGUCCGGUGGGUCUUCAACGGUAGAUAGGAAAAUUUGAUCCUCAUUGCCACGAAAGCCGAACCGCUGCAGUCAACGUAGAAAACUAAGGCAGAAUUCCAUGAGUGAAUAUAACACCCACGAAGAAAUAAGAAGCCAAGAACAUUCUGAUCAAGAACACGGUGAACAUGGCCUCGCUGCACGAGGAGUCGUUCUACUGCAUCCCGGAGACGAAGCUGACCCUGCCCGAGCGACCGGUGUACUGUGGCGUGGCCAUCGCCGCGGCCGUGCUCGGGCUCGGUGGGGCCGGCUGCCAGGUGGUGCGGUGGCGGAGUCGGCUUUCCCGGGCGGCACAGCGGCGGAGACCGUCCCCCAACCCCGUCAUCGUGUUCUGCCUCGCCCUGUCCGACUUCAUGGCGUGCAUAGGUGUGAUAGCCCGGGCUGUGGGUAUCCUCGUGUUUGACCCACCGCUGGAGGUGCGCCCUGGCGUCUACGUACCGACCCAGGGAAUCACCGCUAUAUAUGUGGGCAGUACUAUAGAGAUCGUCAACCUGUACUUCUACAGCGCCACGUACAUGUGGACACUGGUGUACGCUAUAGACAUCACCAUGCAGCUCAAAAACACCGACGUCCCGAUAUCGCUGUACCAUGUCCUGUGCUGGACAGCUCCGGCCGUGUUUGUGGGGUUGAGCAUGUUCAGUGUCUUCUUCGAGGUGCCCAAGGCGCCAGGGCAGGACAUACAGCAGUGUGCGGCAGGGUUCCACCUAGUCUUACAUUACAUCUUCUCCUACACACCCAUCGUCGCCGUCAUGCUGGCCAACCCUGCAAUAUACAUCACUGCUUCCAGAUUACUUGAGAUCACGGUACGGCCGAUGCUCGGCAGAUACACGCAGAGAGAGCGGCAGGUCAUCUCAGCCAUCAAAAUCAAGUUCCUGCUCAUUGUAGUCAUCUUCACCCUGUGCUGGCUGCCGAACGUUAUAGACGGGGUGAUUCAAAUCUCUCUCAUCAAAGAUGAUCACAUGGGGGACAGGUUCUUCGCCUUGUGGAUCAUCGAGGCUGCCCUGAACCCGCUCCAGGGCCUGCUGAACUGCCUGGCGUACGGUCCAGAAACCUUCCAGCAGUGGCUCAUGGGAAGGACUGGCUGGCUGCUCCGGAGUAGACAACCGGUCAACUUGGACACCAGGGAGGCCGACCCUCUACUGAGAUGAUAGAUCACUUGAACAGAGCGCUUGUUUUGCACCGUAUGUUUUACACGCGUAAAGAGUCAUGUGUGUCUUAGGCCAAAUCCGGUAACCCUUCCAAAAAGGGAUGUUCACUGUAUUUGUGUGUUGAGUUGGUGUACAGGGUAAUUAGAAGGUUAGAAACGGACUUCUUUGAUUGCUGGUGGUAUGUACCGUAGAUAUAUAUAGACAAAAAACAAGAUGCCGUUCUAUGAAGGACUAUCUAUAACAUCCGCAUCAAGGUCGCUCUGAUAAUUCGGGCCAAUCUGCCUUAUUCAGCUCUCUUCUCACCGACCCAGGCGAAAUGUAUCAACGCGUAACAACUCUGGAUAUCAGGCUAUUAAAACUGUUUUGUUUGAUUUCACUCACGGCCUGGUUUACAUUAGUGAUGAGGCCUGAGGGGUGGAAUUAUAACGGUGGUUGUAACAGUUGUAGACAUGGUAGAACAGUCCAUGGCGUGUCCUGGAUACUGAGAAACAACUCAGACCUCCCAAUGUCAAGGUGAUUGUGAAGCCUCGUUCUAAUCAGUUCUGGCUGUUGGCAAGUGAGCUCUCACCGGCUUCAACAACAUUGUGCGACCUCUUUCAGGGCACAUCUGGCCUUCCACUUUCUAUGGUAAAGGUAUUAGAAACAAGGGUAAGGUAUGGCAAUCUGUCAUCUUCAAGUUCUACCAAGGAGGUUUCAACUGAGACUAAGGAGAAGCAUGAUGCUUUCUUAAGUAGGUAGUAGCGUCUUCACUGCGGCUCGCGCUUUCAGCAAAACACACCGGGUUACUCUUCUCGAUAAGUGUGCUGGGUUCUUUUAGGUGCAGAGGCUAACGCCUGCAGCGUCUUACAAACACGGGGCCGCCGACUUAACAUCCCCAUCCGAAA